AAGACAACAACUAGAUAUACCCACAACAACACAUUAUAAAAUGGUUUAUAAAAUUGUAUUAAUUAGACACGGUGAAUCAGAAUGGAACAAGGAAAAUAGAUUUACUGGUUGGUAUGAUUGUGGUUUGAGUGAAACAGGAUUGAAGGAAGCUGUAGAAGCUGGUCAAAUUUUGAGCAAAGAAGGCUAUCAAUUUGAUGUUUGUUAUACAAGUUUAUUAAAACGUGCCAUCAAGACAUUGUGGAUUGUAUUGGAAACUAUGGAUAUGAUGUAUUUACCAGUUAGUAAGAGUUGGAGAUUGAAUGAAAGACAUUAUGGUGCUCUUCAAGGAUUAAACAAGGCUCAAACAGCUGAAAAACAUGGUGAAGAACAAGUUAAAGUUUGGAGAAGAUCCUACGAUAUUCCACCACCAGCACUUGAAGUUUCUGAUGAAAGAUAUCCAGGACAUGAAAGAAAAUACUCAUCAUUGACUGAAGAAGAAUUACCAAAGACUGAAUCACUUGCUUUAACUGUUGAUAGAGUUAUUCCAUAUUGGAAUGAUGUUAUUGCUCCAUCUGUUAAGGAAGGAAAGAAAGUUCUCGUUGCUGCUCAUGGUAAUUCUCUUCGUGCUUUGGUUAAAUAUUUAGAUAACAUUCCAAAUGAAGAAAUUGUUGAAUUGAAUAUUCCAACUGGUGUUCCUUUGGUUUAUGAAUUAGAUGAAAAUUUGAAACCAAUCAAACAUUACUAUUUGGGUGAUCAAGAAGCUAUUCAACAAAAGAUUAAUAGUGUCGCUUCUCAAGCAAAGAAGAAGGAAUAAAUUUCCCUCCAAAAUUUUAAUCAU